UAUCUUGGAGCCCCAAGGCAGAUCUGACGUGGUUGGAUUGACUUAGUCCUUUUUUUUCUUUUUCACAUAAACUAAAGGUGCCUUUGAAGAGGCCCAGCCAUGGAAGGCAAACCGUUGGUGGUAUCGAAACAGAGGACUGAAGUGGUGUGUGGAGUCCCCACCCAGGUGGUCUGCACAGCCUUCAGCAGUCACAUCCUCGUGGUGGUGACCCAGUUCGGGAAGAUGGGUACCCUGGUCUCCCUGGAACCCAGCAAUGUGGCCAGUGACUUCAGCAAGCCGGUGCUCACCACUAAAGUCCUCCUGGGGCAGGAUGAGCCUCUCAUCCAUGUCUUUGCAAAGAACCUGGUGACAUUUGUGUCUCAAGAAGCUGGAAACAGAGCAGUUCUCCUGGCCGUGGCCGUGAAGGACAGAAGCAUGGAGGGGCUGAAGGCCUUGAAGGAGGUGAUCCAGAUGUGCCAGGUGUGGUGACCCUGGAGUUAUUGGCCACACCUGCUGUGCAACAGGGCCAAGUGGAAACUCAAGACACCUCCUCAAUGAUGUGAAGACUCUUUCUUCAUUUAGUCAGAAGGA